AUGGCCAGAGCUACUUAUUUAGCAUUGUUUCAAUUUCUGUGUGUUCUUGUCACUCAAGUAUAUCAAGCCACCAGCCAACCAGAAUUUCGAUACUAUUAUUGCAACACCAGCAGUAACACCACAGCAAACAGCACCUACCAGACCAAUCUCAAUACCAUUUUAUCAAAUCUCACUUCCAACAAACAAAUAGAUUAUGGCUUCUACAAUCUCUCUCAUGGUAAUUACCCAAAUACAGUCUACACUGUUGGGUUAUGCAGGGGAGAUGUUAUGUCAGAUUUCUGCCAUAGCUGCCUUAAAAAUGCAUCAGUCCUGCUGCCACUUUUAUGUCCAGAUCAGAAGGAAGCUUUUGGGAUGUACGAUGAAUGCAUGUUAUCUUACUCAGACACCUCAAUAUUAGGCAAUAAGGUAGAUCCUAUAGUUACUGUCCAUAUGUGGAGCGUGAACACUGCAACAAAUUGGAACAAGUACAAUCAGGUCCUAACAGGAUUGCUGCGAAAUCUGAGUAGCAGAGCUGCAUCUGGUGAGUCAAGUCUAAAGUUUGCUGCAGGAAAUGAAGACGGACCUGACCUUCAAAAAAUAUAUGCUGUCGUUCAGUGCACACCUAAUUUGAAUGGGUCAGAAUGCAACAACUGCUUGGUUUGGGCUAUCUCGCAAAUUCCAAAUUGCUGUAAUAACAGGCAAGGUGGUAGGGUUAUUACGCCAAUCUGUAACUUUAGAUAUGAAAGUAGCAGAUUCUAUGCAAGUGCAGCUGAUGCACCAUUAUCAGCACCGUCGCCGGAAGAGUCUCCUACUCCUCCUCCUCCUCCUCCUCCUACAUCUCCAUCAACUCCUCCAUCCAACAACACUACAUCUCCAUCACCUCCUCCAUCUGCUGCCACAACGUCCUCAAAAGGUGCUUUCAUUAGCAGAUAAACCUCCAAAACUUUCCCUUUGUUGAG